AUGGCUAGGAAUUUGAAGAAUAUUCAAUCCCAUCUUUCGAAUGCCAUGUUAGAAACAUCAAGAAAUGAAUCAUUACAAACUGAGAAAAAUAAUUUUCAAAAACUUUCUUCAAGAAUGGAUCAUCCUAUGUACAAGUUCAAUAGCUCAACCACUCAAGCUUUGGAAGAAGAAGAUGACAAUAUCUACAUUCUAGAUGCAAUAUUUAUGGAAAGUGUCAAGAUCCCAUACGUCAACAGUUUGCCACCAUAUACAGUUUGGAUCCCUUUAUCCAGAAAUGAAAAAAUGGCGGAAGAUGACUCGAGUGCUAGAAGAAAAGAUGUAUUUUAUGAUCAUCGUCGAGGUGUAACAAUAAUACGUAGUGAUAGUGAUGAAGAGUCAGAAGAGGACGAGGAAGCUAGACACAACUUUUCAGAAGGCGAAGACAAAUUUUUGAGGAUGGUAUUUGAAGAACAUGGUUUAGCUGAAGAGGUGUUGAAUAUUGUUAGCAAAACAAUCGAGCGCCCGAGUUCUGAAAUUCUGGAGAGGUAUAAAAUUUUAGAGGAAAAUGACCAAAGUUCUAUAUAUCAUGAAGAAAGUGAAUCUCACAUUGAGUCAUUUUUUAACAAAAGUUUGAGUGAAACUUUAGAGGCUUUUGACCCCCUUUUAUGUCGUAAAUGCAUGAUCUUUAAUUGUUCUUUGCAUGGAAAUUCUCAAAAGAUAAUAUAUCCGAGGGAAAAACAACUAAUUUGGUCAGGACCAAAAGAUGAACAAAAACCAUGUAGUGAUCAUUGUUACAUGGCUAAUUCAAUGGAAGGACAAGUUGAAGAAGAUUUGAGUGUUUCAAAUUGGAAACUUUUGGAGAAAGAAUUAUACUUGAAGGGAGUAGAAAUGUUUGGGAGAAAUAGUUGCCUUAUAUCUAAAAACUUAUUUUUUGGAUGGAAGACUUGCAAGGAAGUUGCUAGAUACAUGCAAUAUGAAAUGUCAAUUCUACAUGGAUCCAUGGACCAAAAUGAAAAAUUUAGUGAAAUGUCAUCCAAGCCACGUAGGCAUAAAAAACAGGUCAAACCUAAGAGGCUUAAAAAAUCUUCAAAGUCAGCAGGAGUUCCAUCUACGUAUAAAAAUAUGACUAAUGGGAAAGCAGCUAAUAUUCAAUAUACGCCUUGUGAAUGUGAAGGUUUGUGUGGAAAGAAAUGUUCUUGUGUUGAUAAUGGAUUUUGUUGUGAAAAAUAUUGCGGGUGUUCUAAGUUGUGUAUGAAACGAUUUGGAGGGUGUCAUUGUAUUAUAGGUCAAUGUAAAACUCGAAAAUGUCCAUGUUUUGCAGCAAAUCGAGAAUGUGACCCAGAUAUAUGCCGGAAUUGUUGGGUUAGUUGUGGAGACAAUUUAUUAGGAGAGUCAUCUAAUCGUGGAGAGAGUCAAUGCGAAAAUAUGAUAUUUCUUUUGAAGAAAAAACAAAAGGUUCUUUUGGGAAGGUCUAAUGUUGUUGGAUGGGGAGUUUUCAUAAAGAAUCCUGUAAACAAAGAUGAGUUUAUAGGAGAGUACACUGGUGAAAUACUCACUCACGAAGAAGGUGAUAUACGUGGAAAAUUAUACGACAGUGUCGACUUUUCUUUUCUUUUCAACUUGAAUCAUGAUUAUUGUCUUGAUGCUUAUCGCAAAGGAAACAAGUUAAAAUUCGCAAACCACUCGGCAAAUCCCAAUUGCUACGCAAAGCUUAUGUCUGUCGCUGGAGAUCAUCGAAUGGGAAUAUUUGCAAAGAAACGCAUUGAAGCUGGUGAGGAGCUUUUUGUUGAUUACAACUAUGAUGAAAAACUUCUAAGCCUACGAUGGUUUCGUGAAUUUGUAGAUGAAGAUAAAUCCAAGAAACGUGAUCCAACAUUUUCUGAUAAAAAAACUAAGUUUCGUCGUUGA